CAACAGUCCUAGUUCGCAGAGGCACUCGGCAGUAUCCUCCCCCUCCGCCGCUCCACCGCGGAGUAUCUUCUUCGUAGAAUAAAAUAUAGUGAAAUGGCUGCGAGAAUUAUCAGAAAAAUUGUGCCGGCGGGCCGAGCGGGAGCCGCUCAGUACAGCACGGGAGUGCGGAAGGUGACCCUUAUUCCCGGCCACGGGAUCGGGCCUGAGAUCACCGUAGCCGUUCAGAAAAUAUUCGAAGCCGCCAAAGUGCCCAUCGAAUGGGAUGAGGUGGACGUCACAGCUGUUAGAGGACCAGAUGGAAAAUUCGGUAUCCCUCAGCGAGCGAUUGACUCGGUCAAUGCAAACAAGAUUGGACUCAAAGGGCCCUUGAUGACCCCUGUGGGCAAGGGCUACCGCUCUCUCAACUUAGCACUACGUAAAGAAUUCGACCUCUACGCUAAUGUCAGACCUUGUAAAAGUUUAGAUGGCAUCAAGACCCUAUACGACAACGUGGACGUAGUCACGAUCCGAGAGAACACAGAGGGAGAAUACUCGGGUAUCGAACACGAGAUAGUAGAUGGAGUGGUCCAGUCCAUCAAACUAAUUACCGAGGAGGCCAGCAAGCGAGUGGCCGAGUUCGCCUUCCAGUUCGCAAGGGAUAACAAGAGGAAGAAGGUCACCGCUGUACACAAGGCCAACAUCAUGCGCAUGUCGGACGGGCUGUUCCUGCGUUGUUGCCGCGACCUGGCCACGCAGUACCCGGACGUCAAGUUCGAGGAGCGCUACCUCGACACCGUGUGCCUCAACAUGGUCCAGGACCCCUCCAAGUUCGACGUGCUGGUGAUGCCCAACUUGUACGGCGACAUCAUGUCGGACAUGUGCUCCGGUCUGGUCGGAGGCCUGGGACUCACGCCCUCCGGAAACAUUGGCAAGAAUGGCGCGCUCUUUGAAUCUGUUCACGGAACAGCUCCCGACAUCGCGGGUAAGGACAUGGCUAACCCUACCGCCCUGCUGUUGUCUGCCAUUAUGAUGCUCAGACAUUUGCAACUUAACGAACACGCCGACAGAGUCCAAAACGCCUGUUACGAGGUUUUGCGUGAAGGAAAAGCACUAACUGGAGACUUAGGCGGCACGGGAAAGUGUAGCGAGUACACCAAUGCAAUUAUUUCAAAAUUAAACUAAAUUAUUAUUUGUAUAUUUGGUAGGAUUUUUCCCGCCCUUUUGGAUAUAAAUGAAAAAAAAGUGUUACCAGCUUGACGCAAUUCAAUUUGCGAAUAUGGCGACUAUAUAGUAUUAUUUUAGUUUUCUUAAAUAAAAAUACUUAAGCUACUGGAGUGGUUGGUAAGUAAGAAGAGAAUAUUAAAUGCCAAAGCACACAUUAUCUGAAAGAUAUAUCAUUUUAUUACUUUUCAUUUGCCAAUAAAAAUUUUAAAACUGAAAUGAGAUUAUGAUCAAGACUAAAAAUCUUGUCUUAUAAACUUCUUUCUUUUAAUUAUUAUUUAUUAAAAAUCAAUUCAUCAAUGAGUUUCUUUGUCAAACGAGGAAGAAAAUGAAAUUUCUAAUAAACUACUUGUUACAGUUA